AUGAACACAGAGUGGGGGGAGAAAUCCUCAGCGGACCUCAUGAGUAGGUAUGUCUCCAAGGAAAUGGGAUGUGGAGUACCCAAAGACGGAUGGAGGAUCUGUCUGGCGCAUGAGUUCAAGGAGAAGAGAAAGCCCUUUCAAGCUAAAGACGUGUCACUGUCCAACGUCUUGGAGCACGUCGGGCUUGGAUUCAGGUAUCUCAAAUGGUGGUACAAGAAGACCCAGGUGGAAAAGAAAGCACCCUUCAUUGAUAUGUUUCGUGCCCAACCCUUACGUCAAAUAUACGGCGCUCCACUGGGCGGCAUCGGAGGAGGAACCAUCACGAGAGGUUGGAGGGGGGAAUUCUGCAGAUGGCAACUUAACCCUGGGAUGUACCACUACAAAACUGUCACAGCAAACCAGUUCACAGUGUGUUUGCGUCGUGGGGGACGAACCGUCUACCAGCAGGUGUUGUCUGUAGAGCGUCCUCCCACGCUGCAAGGCUGGAACUGGGGCUACUGCGGAGAGUACGCCUUCUAUCACGCCCUGUACCCCCGCGCCUGGACGGUCUACCACCUGCCGGGACAGAACGUCACAUUGACCUGCAGACAGAUUUCCCCCGUCAUCCCGCACGACUACCAGGACUCGAGCCUCCCGGUGGCCGUAUUCGUGUGGGACGUAGAGAACAACAACGACGACGCCCUGGACGUCUCCAUCAUGUUCACCGUGGUCAACGGCUCGGGGCACAAGGACGACAAGAGCGGGGGACACUGGAAUGAGCCGUUCCACCUGGAGAAGGAGGGGGAGGCGGUGUCCGGGGUCUUGCUCCAUCACUGCACCUCAGUGAACCCUUACACUCUGUGCGUCGCAGCCCGAGAACAGCCCGACAGGGAGGUCAGUCACCAGACAGCGUUCAGUCCGAAGGGAACCUGCAGCGGCCUGUGGAGCGACCUCAUCGCUGACGGACGCCUGGACUCGCCUACAGGAUCCAGCCCGCCGACGCCUAAAGGAGAGAAGGUGGCGGCAGCGUUGGCCGUGGGCUGCUCGGUGGCGGCUCGGAGCCGGAACUGCCUGGAGUUCUGCCUGGCCUGGGACAUGCCCACCAUCACCUUUGGCUCCAGGGAGAGGGAACACAUCAGGAGGUACACUCGUUACUUUGGGAGCAAAGGGGACGCGUCCCCAUCGCUCGGUCACCACGCACUGACACACUACAGAGAGUGGGAGAGGCGCAUCGACGAGUGGCAAAGGCCCAUUCUGCAGGACAGCUCUCUCCCCUCCUGGUACAAGUCGGCCCUGUUUAACGAGUUGUACUUCGUGGUGGACGGAGGGACGGUGUGGACGGAGCUACCGGAGGACGCCGACGUCAGCGGCGGCGUGCGUAGCGAGGACGGGGGGCUGCCGGCUCAGCCCGCCGUCAUCAAGGAGUUUGGCCGCUUCGCCUACCUGGAAGGUCAGGAGUACAGAAUGUACAACACAUACGACGUGCACUUCUACGCCUCCUUUGCGCUCAUCAUGCUGUGGCCCAAACUGGCCUUGAGCCUGCAGUACGACAUCGCUGGCAGCGUAAUCCAGCAGGACCCGACGGAGAGGCUCCAUCUGAUGAGUGGGCGGUGUUCUCCGGUCAAGGCCAAAAAUGUGGUGCCUCACGACAUAGGAGACCCAGAUGAUGAGCCAUGGCAGAGAGUCAAUGCCUACCUCAUCCAUGACACUGCAGACUGGAAGGACCUCAACCUCAAGUUCGUCCUGCAGGUCUACAGGGACUUUCAUCUCACCCAGGACAGUCUGUACCUGCGGGAGAUGUGGCCCGUCUGCCAGGCGGUGAUGGAGUCAGAGAUGAAGUUUGACCUGGAUGGAGACGGCCUGAUAGAGAACUCUGGAUAUGCUGACCAGACAUAUGACGGAUGGACGGUGACUGGCCCAAGUGCAUACUGCGGGGGGCUCUGGUUGGCGUCGCUGUGUGUGAUGUGCAAAAUGGCCCAACUGGUGGACAGCGAAGAGACCCACCGACGCUACAGGGACAUUUUGGACAGGGGCCGUGCUGCUUUCGACAAACUGCUGUGGAACGGCAAGUACUACAACUACGACAGCAGUGGAAGAGACCUUUCUAACAGUGUCAUGUCCGACCAGUGCGCCGGCCACUGGUUCCUGAGAGCGUCCGGCUUGGGAGAGGGAGACUACAAGGCUUUUCCAAAAGAAAAAAUCCAGAGUGCACUCAAAUCCGUCUUUGACCUGAACGUGAUGAGCUUCGCUGGAGGCCAGAUGGGGGCCGUUAAUGGCAUGCGUCCGGAAGGAGUACCGGACCGCUCCAGUGUCCAGUCAGAUGAGGUCUGGAUUGGAGUAGUGUAUGGACUGGCAGCCACUAUGAUCCAUGAGGGUAUGAAGGAGGAGGGUAUGCGUACAGCGGAGGGUUGCUACCGCACUGUGUGGGAGAGGCUGGGCAUGGCCUUCCAGACCCCCGAAGCCUACUGCGAGAAGGGCAUCUACCGCUCUCUGGCCUACAUGAGGCCUCUGAGCGUCUGGGCCAUGCAGCUGGCGCUGAACUCUUCACAGAAAGAUCAGGCCACAUCGGCUCGGGCCAGAGCCACUGACGAGAAGCAGGAACCGGAUUUGAGAGAAGAGAGCUAGUGCCUGAGCGAAAAGAUCGGUGGGAUUAGAGAAAUUACCUCCAAGCUCUCCUGCCGCCACUGCCCUCAUUCCCACUCUCACCCCACAGGGGUUUGUACGAUUGUUUUUCUUGACUUUCAUUUGUUAGCUUUUUUUCUUCAGGUGUUUGCGGCUCAAGGUCAGAACUGACAACUGACACUUGCUGUCACUUGCUACUGAAGUUGAUAUUUUUUGUAAGAUUGUAAACUAUCUGCAACUCCUCACCAAUUUCCUUUUUUGUUAAGUUAUGCAGUGUAAGGUGCUAACUAGGCAACAUCAAACAUUUGUGUAUGAAGUCUGUAUUGCUGAUUAAAAAUUGGCCUUGUGUUUCAGCACCAUAUUGUCUAUUUGCACACAUGUACACAUACAUGAAAUUACUACAUUUCAUUUUUACAUUACUUUACAUUUGGAACAAGUUUAUAUUCAUUAAUUUUUGAGGACUGUUUUAUGUUAUUAGACACGUGUAGUCAUUAAUGUCAUUUGAAAGCCUGUGAGUGAAUAGUCGCAGGCUGGAAGUCAGAUUGGAAGGAUUCCUCAGAGAUCGACUCUUGAAAGAAAAGUGAAUUUGAGGAUUUACUUUUCUUUUAUUUGACUGCCAAGUGGCGUGAUAUGGGAUGAAUAGUGUUGGGAAUUCAGUAUGAUUAAUUUUUAUGAUUUAUUUCUAAUAUUAUGCUAUCUAUGGCAUUUGGUGCCUUAAGGCAUGUUCACUCUCUCUACAGUAUAUUAAUGUAGCGGCAACAUUUACCAUGUUUUAUAAAAUUCAAUAUUCAUGACAAUCGUGCUUAAUUAAAUGACUGGAUACGACACAAAUAAGAGGGUUGUGAAAUAAUUGUUUAUGGAAAAAAAUAUAUUAGUAGUUAGGACAUACAAAUAAACUGCAAAUUCUGGUA